AUGACUGCGGGGGCCGCACGGCGCGUGCGCAGCCUCACGUCCGCGCCGCAACCCAACCUGCUGCCCGCCCUCCCUCCCUCCCACCGCGCCCUGAUUGGACAGCGGCUCCCCCCUACGUGUCUCCUCAUUGGCCGGCGGGGCGCGCAACCCUGUGCAGCGACGUCUGGUCUGUAUCUCCUCCCCCCGUGUGUGUGUGUGUGUGUCCGCCUCUCCAUGGCCGCCCCGCUGUCGCUGCGGAUCGGUGCCGAGUGCCCGGUGACCCGCGCCCGCCUCUGCCGCCUGCGGCUCCCGCACCAGGCGCUUCACACGCCCGUCUUCAUGCCCGUCGGCACACAGGGCACGUUAAAGGGCAUCGCUGUCCCGCAGCUGGAGGCGCUCGGAUGCCACAUCUGUCUGGGGAACACCUACCACCUGGGCAUGAGGCCGGGUCCUGAUCUGAUCGCUAAAGCAAACGGGCUGCACGGUUUCAUGAACUGGAGGAGGGCCUUGCUAACGGAUAGCGGUGGAUUCCAGAUGGUGUCCUUGGUGAAGCUGGCAGAAGUCACAGAAGAAGGGGUGCGCUUUUGUUCCCCCUAUGACGGGGAGGAGAUCCUCCUGUCACCAGAGAAGUCGAUUGAAAUUCAAAAUGCACUGGGUUCAGACAUCAUGAUGCAGUUGGAUGACGUUGUGAGCAGUACUGUGACUGGUCCCAGAGUGGAAGAAGCCAUGUACAGGUCGAUCCGCUGGUUGGAUCGUUGCAUCGCAGCAAACAAGAACCCAGAGAAGCAGAACCUGUUUGCAAUCAUCCAGGGUGGUCUGGAUGCUGAACUGCGUAAGAAAUGUCUGAAAGAGAUGAUCAAGCGUGAUAUUCCUGGUUUUGCUAUUGGAGGAUUGAGUGGAGGGGAGGAGAAGGAUCACUUCUGGAGGAUGGUGAUGCUCAGCACUGAAUACUUGCCACGGGACAAGCCACGUUACCUGAUGGGAGUGGGGUAUGCAACAGAUCUCGUGGUUUGUGUGGCUCUUGGCUGCGACAUGUUUGACUGUGUGUUUCCCACACGGACAGCGCGGUUUGGCUCAGCGCUUGUUCCCUGGGGAUCGCUGCAGUUGAAACACAGACAAUACGCCAAGGAUUUCAAGCCUAUCGAUGAGGAAUGCACCUGUCCUACCUGCAAGAGGUAUACACGAGCAUAUCUCCAUGCCUUGUUCAAGAGUGACACGGCCGCACUCCACCACAUCACGAUCCACAACAUUGCUUACCAGUUGAACCUGAUGAGCUCCAUCCGUGAAAGCAUUCAGCAGAGGCGGUUCCCGGAGUUCAUUCAACAGUUUAUGAAGCGGAUGUAUGGAAGUGCCGACAAAUACCCCCGCUGGGCUGUUGACGCACUCAGCGCUGUCAACGUUAAGUUGGAGUAGAGGCUGUGGAGUUGGGAUACCCUAUCCUACCCUGGGAAGGCGAAGGGCUCAUCCAAAGGCACCCAGCACGUGGUUUCUGACAUGAUGCUGCUGUGUUCAACUGUCUGUAAUAUAAUUGUCAGCUAUAAACAAUUUUUAAAGGAAAA